AUGACAGCAGCACACCGUAUUUUCGACCCGCUCGGUGUAUGUGCACCCGCCAUUUUGAUACCGAGGUUGUUAGUUCAAGAAAGUUGGGGUGAGGCUGGGAACUGGGAUACCCCUUUUAAUGAGCAAAGCCAGGCAACGUUCCGUAAGUGGAUGAGUCAAGCUGAUGCCUUGAAUCAAAUCGAAGUCCCACGAUGGUUGAAAUUGACCGUUGGUAAUGUGUCUCUACACACAUUUUGUGACGCAAGUCAGGUCGCUUAUGCCACUGUCUCAUUUUUGCGAGUUGAAACAGAUAACACGGUAUCUGUGAUAAUGGUGGGAGCGAAAGUUCGUGUUGCCCCUGUUAAGAGACCUACAAUUCCUCGCCUAGAGCUUCUGGCUGCAACAAUAGGGGCGCGAAUGGCUUCUAGUAUUGUAAAAGAGAUUGGCGAUGUAGAGUGCCAUUUUUGGUCAGAUUCUUCCACGGCUCUGUGUUGGAUCAAGAAAGAGGAACCUUGGGGAGUAUUUGUGUUCAACAGGGUUAAGGAAAUUCGUUCUCUGACUGAUCCUGAUACGUGGAAACAUGUGCCAGGGGCGAUGAACCCAGCAGAUCUUCCUAGCAGGGGUUGUUUUCCUGAAGAACUUCUUGACUCCAAAUGGUGGGAGGGGCCGAGAUGGUUGUACGGGCCGCGUUCUGAAUGGCCUAACUGCGAUGUCCCUCCUGAUGAAAAUGAAGUUCAAAUGGAAAGGAGAAACACGCCUUUGAUUUCAGCUUUAUCCCAAGAACCAGGUGUGUUUUGCUGCGAAAGAUUAGCCCGGUACUUUUCUUCUUAUCACCGGAUCGUUCGAAUGGUUGCAUGGAUGAUAAGGUUUCUGUGGAACAAAUAUUCAAAGAAGGAAAAGCGCUCUGGAGAGUUGUCUUUGUCGGAAAUCGCAAGAGCUGAAAAGGUGGUUCUGAAAUCGAUACAGGAUGAAGCUUUUGAAGGGCUAAGUGAUAAACAGCUCAAAAAUUUGAAGCCACACAAAGAUAAAGUCGGACUGAUGCGUUUGAGAACCCGUAUUUGGGCGAGAAAAGACCCUGAAGAUUUCCGUGCACCCUAUAUUCUUCCUUUCCAGCACGUCAUUGUUGACAGAUUGAUCCACGACUUGCACACGCAGAAUGGACACAUUGGAGGGCAAGGUCUUCUGAACCUUCUAAGAGAAAGAUUCUGGAUCGUUAGAGGGAGGCAAGCUAUGAGAAGAAUUGUGUCUGCGUGUGUGAUAUGCAGGCGUUAUAGGGCCAAGGCAUUGGAAGUCGAGUCUCCACCGCUCCCGGAGAAUCGGGUAAGGGACGCUCGUGUGUUCGAAAUCAGUGGCACGGAUUUUGCUGGUCCACUCUACCUUAAAAAUGGAGACAAGGUUUGGGUGUGCAUAUUCACCUGUGCUGUUUAUCGUGUCACACAUUUGGAAUUGGUUAUUGCCAUGUCAACGGAAGCCUUCAUCAUGGCGUUUCGACGUUUCAUUGCGCGUUGGGGCAGACCUUCCUUCAUGUACAGUGACAAUAGUACAAACUAUAAGGGGUUCAAAAAUGCUCUCGAUGAAAUUGAUUGGCAGAGAGUAGCGUCCCGCGGUUUAGUGAACCAAAUUGAAUGGCGCUUCAACCCACCCACAGCAACAUGGUGA